AUGCCUCAUCAGGCCUCAGUGGAAAGACUAACAUGUCAGAAAUACUUUGCCUCCGUGAUCCUUCAUGGUUGCGUCGACCUUUUCUGGUCCCGGGACUCUGUCCCUUUCAGCCCGAUCACCUUCUGUACAGUCGUGGAAGAGGUGAAGGGCUGUACAAGCAGUUUGGAGGUGAAAGAGAAUCAGGAUGAUGAAAUCCAGGUGGACUGCAACCUCCUACGAAAAUAUCAUCCAUCAACUUUUUGCACAACUUUCCCCAGACACAGACCAAGAGCCCUGAAGAGGAAGCAGCCGCUGCUGGAUGGAAAAGACCGGCUGCUCUACCAAAGCCAUUUGACUUGUAAAAGAGCAGCCUGGGCUGUCACUCAGAAGAACGCGCUGGUGCAGCUGAACGAGUUGCGACCCGGGCUGCGGUACGAGAUUGUGUCCAAGACUGGUCCCCUGCACGCCCCAGUGUUUUCUGUGGGUGUGGAGGUAAACGGUCUCCGUUUUGAAGGUCGAGGACCGACCAAGAAGCAGGCUAAGAUGAGGGCUGCAGAGCUGGCUCUCCGGUCGUUCAUCCAGUUCCCGAACGCCUCCCAGGCUCACGCCGCUAUGGGGAACUUCAACAGCACACCUAUGGAUUUUACAGCGGAUAAACUGGACAUCCCUGAUGCAUUGCUCAAAGAGUUUGAGCCUUCGCUGCGUGAAAACUGUGAUCUCCUGUACUGCAACGCAGCGAAAAAGGAGGUGUUCUCCAGCAUUUACAGCCACAAGCGACUUGUUCAACUCACACAGGACUUGGUCUCCUCAACUAAUCCGAAAACACAAGCCCUCGGCAGCUCACUUUUAGAGCCCCUAAGCCCAGUGGCACUGCUCAACAAGCUGCGACCAGGACUCAGGUAUAUGUGCCUGGCAGAAAGAGUUCAUGGCAGGCUGAUGAGGAAUUUUGUUAUGGUGGUUAGGGCGGAGGGCAGGGUGUUUGAAGGGUGCGGUCACAGUAAAAGACUGGCAAAGGCGCGGGCAGCGGCCGCUGCCCUACAGUCUCUUUACAACAUAAGUCUGGGACCAGAGAGGACGGUCAUGGGCCUCCAGGACAGCAGAGCCAAAAAUCAGCUACCUCAGUUCUUCGCAGAGUCGAUCUUCCGCCUGGUGAGAGAGAAAUACGCAGAGCUGACAGAUAGUUGUUUCUCUACCCCGCACGCCCGUCACAAGGUCCUGGCAGGGAUCGUAAUGACCAGAGGGUUCGACCUGAGAUCGGCCCAGGUUGUGUCUCUGGCCACGGGGACCAAGUGUCUGGACUUGGACGGUGAGAGCGACCGCGACGUGACGCUCAGCGACUGCCACGCUGAAGUCGUCAGCCGAAGGGCGCUGGUUCGAUUCCUGUACGCUCAGCUGGAGCUGCUGUUCUGUAAGACGGCAGACAGUGAGGAGCAAUCGAUCUUCGUACCAAACAAAGGCGGCGGCGGCGGCGGCAUCUUACGGCUGCGGGACGGCGUCCUCUUCCACAUGUACGUCAGUUCAUCACCGUGUGGAGACGCUCGGCUCAACUGCCCCUACGAGACCACAGCUGCAUAUCCCGGCAGGAGGUUUCGCUGUCACCUCAGGGUGAAGGUGAACGGAGGCGAGGGGACGCUGCCUGUCACGGCACAGAGGGCCAAGUGGAGAUGGGACAGCGUGUCGCCGGGUAAACCUCUCGUCACCAUGUCCUGCACUGACAAAAUGGCAAAGUGGAGCGUCGUGGGUCUCCAGGGGGCGCUCCUGUCCCACCUGGUGGAGCCGGUUUACCUGCACAGCCUGACGGUGGGGACGCUGAGCCACACGGGUCACCUGGGCAGAGCCUUGACACGCCGCCUCGCACCCGUCAAGCACCUGCCCUUCCCCUACCGACGACAGCAGCUGCUGCUCAGCUGUCUGAGCAGCAGCGAGGUCCGGCCGGCUGGGAAGGCCCCAAACGUCAGCGUGAACUGGAGCUGCGGCGACGGAGGCCUGGAGGAGAUCAGCACCUCCACGGGGAGGAGGAAGGACUCUGGGGCGCCAUCCCAGCUCUGCAGGAGCUCCCUGUUUGCCCGCUGGCGGAGGCUGCAGCAUCAGGUGGGUCAGAGACCCUCAGGGAAGUUGAAUGCUCAGAUAUCGGCCACAACGGGGACAUAUUGCGCUUCCAAAAUGACUGCCGGACGCUACCAGAGGGCGUUGCAGCAGUUCACUGGCGCUCUGCAGGCUGGCGGUCUGGGAACGUGGCUCAGAAAACCUCCAGAGCUGGGUCACUUAAACAUCAGUGUGUGAAAAACCUGUGUUAAAGACUGAAUAUGGAGGGUUAGAGUGAAGUUCAUGUAUGAUUUUCUUUGGGAGCAUGUGGAUGAGGUACAAAGAAUGUGAUGCUAGAUAGAGAAGAUACUACAUUAUUAUCCUAUAAAGGAUAUGAUUCACUGUGUAAAAUGGCUUGAUUGAUGAGAGGUGGAACGAUUGACAAGUACAUAAUUCUUUAUUAUGCAAAUGAGCACAAAGCACACACAAAAGUAAAUCAAAUUUAGGCAAAAACUGGAGUAGACUUCUUGGUUUGUAACGGUAGCUUAAGUAGCCUAAAAGCUGCUAACUUCAGCUCUGGAAGCUACCGCUAGCUUGUCUGGCUAGCUUAAACCUUAACAACCAACUCGCUGUAAUCACUUAGCUAGCCACCUAGCUCACUGGAGUAACACUGAAGAUAUUUUCUGUAAGUUUAGCCAAGCAAUAUACAGUUUUUUGAGUAAAAUUCAGCUUGAAAACUUGCAAAGGAACAACUGCACGGUUACUGCUGGACGUGUAAAUGUGGGUUAAACACUGAUUCAACCUAAUGCCAACCUCGAAAUUACGCAUCUGAUAUCGGGGACUGCUACGGCUACGAUAGCUACUGUAUAUCUCUGAAGAACUACAGCGAAGCUCAACAAAAUGGUGGCACAACGGCAGCAAACAUUCACAUUAGAUCCCAAAUACAAUCGAUUCAGUUAAUUUAAAGGGGAGCUAUACACUGUAUCUGGUUUCAUUGUUGAUAAGCCCCCUAGAAAUAUGUAACGCUUGUUUAAAAAAAAUUUUUGAAAAAGCUAAAAAAGUGCCAUUUCAAACAAUCUGGUGUGA